AUGAGUAACAAGAUAUUAGGAUUGCUAAAGCAAUUCGCAGAUUCUUUAACUACUCAAUACAAUCUUAAAAAAGUUGACUCUGCAACUAUCAAUAUCAUCCAAACACCUUAUAUCCAAUCUACGUUUGCACUCUAUAAUGACUCGCCUAUUACUCUGCUCACUGAUAUCGAACAUGCUAUCAGUGAACAAGUAGCUAGUAGUCAAAAGUCAGAUCCAUUGUACAUUCAACUACUCGUACAUGGUGCUUAUCAUUUGCUUACUACAUCUGACAACAAGAUCGUUGAUGUCUCUAUUAUCAACCGUUCAAUUGAAAAUAUCUACAUCAAGUUGUUAUACAUCUCUUCUUUAUCUUCAACAUCUUUCUUGUCUGGUGAUGAUGAUUUACCACAACAACAACAAGUAUCAUCAGAUGACUCAUCUUCAUCUAGUGACAUGUCAAUCUUGGUAACAUUAUUAUGUCAACAUAUCAAAGAUUUAAUUAAAACCAAAGAGAAUGUAAACAUUGAAAAACUUCAACAAGUAGUAUUGGAAUCAUUACAAUUCAAUUUAGAGAUUGCCAAUAAUAUCCCAUCAACCUCUACCGCUACCACCACUACCACCAAUACCACUACUCCAUCAACUUCAUCAACAAAACAAUAUAUUAAUCAUAUGGUUGCAUGUAUGUUGGGAUCUAUACUAUUAGAAGAUUCAGUAGAAAAGGGACAACAAUUGUCUGGUACUCCAUUCCAUACAGCAUUGUUUGAUACUUGUAACAAGAUCUUAUUGUCUGGAAACUCAGAGUUGAGACACUCUGUCAUCACUUCACUCUUGCUUGCCAUUAUCCAAUCGUCUACAUCUCAACAGCAUCAAUUGGUUAGAGACACCAUUCUCGAUCUAAUGAUGACUCAACCAGAGUUUAACAUUCGUUCAGAUGCCUUUAAAAUCUUGUCCAAAUUAUUUAAAGUAUUCUUUCAACCAUCAAUGGAUCUUCGUUUAAAUACUAUUUUCUGGAAACAUUUAAUUAAUGGAUUUAUUGAUAAUGAUGGAUUAAUUCGUAAACGUUCAGGAUAUAUAUUAAAACGUAUUAUUAAAUUAUCAAUUGAAAGAGAAGGUUUAGAUGAUCAUUUAGAAUGGACUAGAUAUUUCAAUUGGAGUAAGAGUGAUAGUAAAGAGUUACAAAAGUAUUGGGAUUUAUACUUUCUCAUCUAUGAAACAUUGGGUGAAUUUACUCUUCAUUUGAUUCUUCCCGUUUGGAAGGAAAUCGAUGCAUUGGUCAUUGAAUCACACAAAGGUAACAAAAAGGCAUUGGCAUUUGAAUGGUUGGACAUUCUCUUUCAAAGAACUAUCAAUCACGAGAAUCCAGCUGUCAUCAAGGCUCAAUGUAUUGGUAUUAUGAACUCACCAUACAUUGCAUGUUUACCACAAUCUUUUAUCUUUGGUACAUUGAUCAAUGCUAUUGUCACACCCAUUCUUUAUCGUGGUAUCACCGAGAGUGCCAUCCAUCAAGCUAUUAUGAACUUUUUCACCACCUACUUUAACUCUUUAACCUCUACCAAGGCCAAGAGUGACUUUGUCAGCACUCUUCUCACCUUUUUGGCCAAAGAGGAACGUUUCAAAGAGUUUACUCUUUGUAUUUUGGAUUUCGUUCAUUCCAUCUCUUCAACUCCUGGUAUUGAAUUUAUCAAUAAUUCUUUUAUGGAUAAAGUUAAUCAUUUAUUUGAUCAUUGUCGUAGAUUAAAUCAAACAACAAGAUUUAGAAUGUUAAAAUAUAUUAUUAAAAUUAUUACAAAAUUGACAGAUAAAAAGGAUAUGGAUUUUAUCAAUGUUAGUAAGAUUUUAUAUCAACUUCCAGUUCAAAUUCAUGUGUUGCCAAAAUACGCAAACUUGAUCAAGCAAUGGUUGAGUUCAUUUGGUGAUCAAUGGUUGAUGAAUAAUAUCGACACACAUACAGACCAACUCAUCAAUUCAUCGUCGUAUGCUGCAUUGACUGAUAAUGGCGACGCCUAUAUCACACUCAAAACUUCCUUUUACAUGAUGGCAAGACAAUCCACCUAUUUGCAAGACAGUGAGUUCCAAAAAUUAAUUCACAAAAAGUUGGAACCAAUCUCUAAACAAUUAAUUCAAUCUUUAUCAUCAUCUUUGGAUUUACCAAAUUCAAUUUCAACUAUUAUUCUUUUAUCUUCUAUAUUAUCUUUUUCAAUUUCAUUUGAACAAAAGACAAUUAUUACAAAUGAAUUUAUUUCAUUCAAGAAUCAAUUUAUUGAAUAUUUGAUAAAGAAUGAUAUUUUGGAGACAAUUGAAAAUCAUAUUGUUAAAUUGGAACUUGGAGAUUCUUUGAUUUCAUUGGUUGCAUUUAUUGUUGAUGCAUUCAACACUGACAAGGAUGUUGCACCAAAGAUUGACCAAUAUAUUCAAGUAUUAACUGCACGUUUGGACAGUGUUGGUAGAUCAUCACGUACACUCAAGAGUCAGAUCCAACGUAUCAAUGUUUUACAAUCAUUCUAUGGAGUAUUCAAAUUUAGAAAUCAAGUCGUUCAAAAGGAUCAAUUACAAUCACUCUUUAAAUCAAUUUAUAGUUUAACUUGUACUCGUCCAAAUGAUAUUGAAACUUCAAAUGAUAUUACUUCCCGAUCAUGGGGAGCAGUUCAACAAUAUUUUAUGAAGAACAAGUGGAGAUUGGUUCGUAAUAUUUUAUCAAUGUUGGAACAAGUUGAUGGCAUUGUAUCAAUUGCAAAGGAUCAAGAUGAGGCCAAUGAAAUCAUUGAAUCACUUAUUGACGCAGUAGGUGGUGCCAAUGUCUAUUUCAUCAAGCCAAUUCUCAACAGUGCACAUAUGUUGUUACCAUUUGUCAGACAAGAGUUUAACAAAAAAGGAGACUAUCGUGUCGAUGUUCUUUCUAAUUUGAUGGAGAGUGCUUGGGCUGCUGCCAACGACACCAACGUCACAUCAAUGACUGCAUUUGUUCAAUUUGCAUUCUCACCAAAUCUUCUUUCCGUCGAGCCAUCCUCAUGGGACGACGAAUCAUUAAAUCAUCACACCCUAUUGAAACAUUAUUAUAGCAUUUUAUUGGGUAAAUCUGAUGGUGCCGUCGGUUUGAUGAAUCUCUUGACAAUGAAAACAACUCUUGUUUGGAAUGAAAUGCCAACCAUUGCCUCACAUUACAAAGAUGAAAUCUUACAAUCAAUUCUUUAUGGUCCAAUUAGAAAGGAUGAUGAUUGGGAACAAUCUGAUCAAUCAUUUUAUGAUCCAAUUGUAACAUUUAAUAGUUUUGUAUUUGAUUUUUCAAUUGAUUCAUCAUAUGAAAAUGAUAGAGAUGAGGCUAAAUUUGGUGUUGGUAGUAUUCCAUUAAAGGAUGUUUUCUCAAGAGCUGUGGUUGGUACAUUCUUAAAAUCAAUGGGAGCAAAGGCAUUGGAUUCAUCUCUUUCAAAUCAAAGCCAAUACAAAGAAUUUAUCAAUUCAUUUAUUCUUGAGUUAUUGGAAUAUGCUUUCUCCAAAGAAUUCCAAAGAUCAGAUCGUCAUUUAAUUAAUACUAUUCCACAUAGAAGAAGAAUUAGAUUAUGGCAAGCAUUGGCAUUAUUAUCUCCUUAUGUAACACCAGCAAAUGAACAAGAGGUUACUGAAUUUGCUCAAAAAUUGGUUGAUGUUAUGUGUUUGUUUAAUUUACCAUCUACCAGACGUUAUAUCAAUAUUUUCAUUAUCCGUUUCAUUACAAGAUAUCCUCAAACUAUUCAAUCUCACUUUUUACCAUUAUUGGAUGAAAUUAAUUUAAGAGGUGAUAUUGUAACAAGUGUAGUUAUUACAGCAGGUACAAUGAUUUUAUAUCUAGAUGACAAGGAACAAUGUAAUAAGAUAUUUAAAAAGAUUAUGGCAUUGUGUUGUUCCAAUCACAUGUCUGUCAGAGGUGCAUCGAUCAGUUUAGUUCUCAGAUUACGUGGUUCAAAGCAUUUGGCCGAAAAAAUUGAUGCUCCUCUUAUGGAAUACCUCAAUUAUUUCGAAUGGUAUAUCACCCACAAUACACAAACCUCAAAGUCAUUGUCAAGACUUGCAUCUGCCCUUUCAAUCUCCACAUCUACUACUGAUGAAGCUGAAGACCUUAAAACUGCCUGUGACUAUAAGAAUUUGUAUUAUGAUAUUCCAUUAAUUGAAAAAUUAAAUCAUAAUGAAGUUUGUGCUCCUGGAAUAUUUGAAUAUUUAGUUGAUGAUGUAAUGAGAAAAUCACCAUUGACAGCACAAUUACGUGAAUACUUGUUUGAGAAAUCAAAGAUGCCAGAGAUUUCAGAUGCAAUUAGAGAGGCUCUUGAAGUUGACAAGGCAGAAGAAACAGAAGAGGAUAACAAGUCGGAUGUAGAUGCCGAUGAUUUCAUAGAGAGUCAACCAACUGGAUACCAAAAGAAGAUUUUACCAUGGGCUGAUAUUGAAGAAGAAACUCGUCACAACUUGAUGGAUCAACGUUCUAGACAGAGUAUCAUUAUCGUUGCCACUUUUGUCGAUAAGAUUCCAAACUUGGCAGGUAUUGCACGUACUGGUGAAAUUUUCAACAUUGAAUCAUUGGUUGUUUCCAACCGAAGAAUCAUGAAGGAAGUAAUGUUCCAACAGAUUUCAGUAAGUGCCGAGCGUUGGUUGCCAAUUGAAGAGGUUAGCGAAGAGAACCUUACGGACUACUUGAUGUCCAAGAAAUCAGAAGGUUACUCAUUACUUGGUAUUGAACAAACCUCUACAUCCAACUGUAUCACCGAGUUCCAGUUCCCCAACAAGUGUGUAUUAUUGCUUGGCAAGGAAAAGGAAGGUAUUCCCACAGAAUAUAUCAACCUUUUAGACAAAUGCAUUGAAAUCCCACAACUGGGUGUACUUCGUUCAUUGAAUGUUCAUGUCAGUGGUUCAAUUAUGAUAAAAGUCGAAAGAUAA